CUUUACCUUCCUUUGGAUUCUUCCUUAUCGGAUUGACCCUCCUUUUAAUGCUUGAAAUUAUCCUCUCCAUCUUGCAUCUUUAUCGGUCUUUCCCGACUCAAGUCAUUCCUUACACCAAGCUGUAUUGUGACAACAUCAAUCUUCAUCAACCUCCAAUCUUGUCACCCUCAUAAGAGAAGAACGGCGUCCAAGCUGUGUUACAUUGAUUACGGCCUUACGACAAUAGUCCUCGUUGGCUUUUCAACCAAUUUUCUUUGGAUAAAGUCCUGAGUCGUGCACAGAAGCUACCGACUUUCAGCUAUCCACCAUGAGAUGGGGCGCUCGCAUAGCACUAUGUGCUAGUUUAGCACUCAUCUUGCCCUUAUAUCUCUUGAAGAUCCACCUCGAGGACCUCUGCGAUCAGUAUCGCGCGGGCGCAUACCUGAUCAAUUGGCUGGAUUUGCGCCCGCCGAUGAACAGACUAAAUGGCUCCCGUCCUGUCACACCAGGGGAUAAAGUGAUUGUGAUGGCCAAGCUACAGGAAGAGCACACUGAAUGGGUCGAGGAGGAGCUACCCGACUGGCAACGAGCCAUAUACAUCGUGAACCCCUCCAAAAAGGUCGCAGCUGACGACACGACACUUACAACCCCGCUGAACAAGGGUCACGAGUCCAUGGCUUAUCUCACCUACCUAAUUGAUCAUUACGACAACCUACCGUCUACAAUUGCUUUUCUUCAUUCUCAUCGAUCGGGUUUCCUGAUGGCCUGGCAUGUAGAUGCGCCCUUACACGAUAAUGUCAUUGCGAUGAAAUCCUUACGUCUCAAUUUCGUUCAAGAUAAUGGCUACGUCAACCUCCGCUGCAACUGGAACCCAGGGUGCAAGCAGGGCCAUCGCACCAACCAGCACGUGACAGAAGAAGUCUUUGCGGAGAUCUUCGAGGGCACAAGCACCCCGCCAUUAAACUCCACCGGAGGCCUCACGAUGCAAGAUGAAUACGACGAGGCUAAAUACCAGAAGUUCCUGCAAAUGCCGAAACAAAUUGGCGCGGCGUGUUGUGCGCAAUUCGCCGUGUCACGGGAGCAGGUUCACCAACGACCACGAGAAGACUACAUCAAGAUCCGCCAGUGGAUUAUCGAUACAGACAAGAAUGAUGCCAGUAGCGGUCGUGUCAUGGAAUUUCUCUGGCACGUCAUAUUCGGCAAAGAAUCAAUAUACUGUCCCGACGAAGAAGUCUGCUACUGUCAAGUUUAUGGACAAUGUUGAUCACUGUACGCAUACCGUUAACGUUUCUGCUUUUCACCAAAAAUACCCACGGCUUCUACUUGUAUAUAUUACGAUAGCUUCUUUCUUUCGGCGCUC